GCCCGGCGGGCUCGGCCCCGCCGCUCCGCACGGUGCGAGGCGGCCGCUGUCGGCCUGCCCCCGCCGGCUGAGCCUUUAGAAGGAGGUUUAGGUUGAUACGAGGGAAAGUUCCUUUCUGGAAAGUUCCCAGGUCAGAGGUGGGGUCGCCAUCCCUAGAGGGGUUCCAGAGCCGUCUGGAUGUGGAACCAGGGGACAGAGCCAGCGGUGGCAUUGGUGGUGCUGGAGAAAUUUGCCUUUGUCUUUUCCAACCCAAAUGAUCCCGUGAUUCUGUUCUGCCCGCGGGCCUUGCCUGUGUUUGUAAACAUCUGUAACAAACGGGACGGGGGAGGGAACUUGGGAGCUGUCGUGGUUUUAUGGCUCGUAAUGAAAUGUAGCAAACCCAUAAGGAGAAGUAUACAUUAAACUGUAUGGCAACCAGCUAAAAAGCCGAUAUACAGGUGGUAAGGGAGGAAGGCUCGUGGACGUUCCAGGAGCCCCGGUGGGCACUGAUGUGCUGGAGGAAGCUGGCUGUAGGGGUGGGCUGGCUGGUGCAGCAUUUUGGUGGAGAAGGAGGCAACACAGGCUAGGAAUUUCCGGGGCAGGGAGACGCUGUUUCUUGCCGCUGCCUGUGCCAGCAGCUGCCAGGCCAACAUGUCUCGAGAGACUGGAAGUGAAACACAGCAGUCUCAGAGUGCCCAGCAGCCGCAGAGUGGUACCAGUUCUUCUUCCAGUGGGUCACAGAGCACUAGUCAGUCUUCCUCAAGUUCUGGGACUCUGAGUUCCUUGGACACUGUUCCCACUCAGGAGCUUCCGUCCAUCCCUGAGGACCAGGAAUCUGAAGAGCUGGCUCCUCAGCCUUGGGGUCGACUCUUUGCACUUGGAAAAGGUUUCAGCAACUGUGACUGUGUGAAUGAGGAAUACUGGUUUGGGAGAGACAAAAGCUGUGAUUACAGUUUUUCUAAGCUGGGAUUGUCUGAGACUGGCUUCUACCAAAACUAUAGCAAGAAGCACUUCAGAAUUUUCAGGGAAAUGGGUCCAAAAAAUUCCUUUGUUGCCUACAUUGAAGACCACAGUGCAAAUGGGACAUUUGUUAAUAGAGAGCUCGUUGGAAAAGGGAGGAGGCUUCCACUGACACACAACUCUGAAAUUGCAUUAUCUGUACAGACCAAUAAGGUGUUUGUAUUUUCUGAUCUUACGGUAGAUGAUCAGAUGAUGUUUCCUAAAGAAUUCAGAGAGAAAUACAUCAUGUCAAAGACUUUGGGAAGUGGUGCCUGUGGAGAAGUCAAACUGGCAUUUGAGAAGAGCACCUGCAACAAAGUUGCAGUGAAAAUCAUCAAUAAACGGAAGUUUGUGGCAAGUGGCCUGGGAGAGGCAAACCCAGCUUUAAACAUCAAUACAGAAAUUGAAAUUUUGAAGAAAAUAGAUCAUCCUUGCCUAAUCAAGAUUAAAAAUUUCUUUGAAGCAGAGGAUUACUACAUAGUUUUGGAGCUGAUGGAAGGAGGAGAAUUGUAUGACAGAGUGUCAAGGCCAAUCAAGAUGAAAGAAGAUAUCUGCAAGUUGUACUUUUAUCAGAUGCUGCUGGCAGUAAAGUAUCUUCAUGACAAUGGAAUUAUACACCGAGAUCUGAAGCCAGAAAAUGUGCUACUUUCAUCUUCUGAAGACACAUGUCUUAUAAAGAUUACAGAUUUUGGACAAUCCAAGAUUCUUGGAGAAGCUUCUCUUAUGAAAACAUUAUGUGGUACUCCCAUGUAUCUUGCUCCUGAGGUUCUAAAUUCACUUGGGACUGCUGGAUACAGCCGAGCUGUGGACUGCUGGAGUUUAGGAGUUAUUCUUUUUGUAUGCUUGUGUGGAUAUCCACCAUUCAAUGAGCAAAAUACUCAACUCUCUCUGAGAGAUCAAAUCACUCAUGGAAAAUACACAUUCAUCCCAAAAGAAUGGAAGCAUGUGUCAGACAUGGCUCUGGAUCUUGUGAAGAAGCUGUUAGUAGUGGAUCCAAGCAAACGUCUUACCACAGAGGAAGCCUUAGAGCAUCCUUGGCUUCAGGAUGAGGAUAUGAAAACUACAUUUCAACAGCUACUUGCUCAGACAUGUACCAGUAUGAAUCCACCAGAAACAUCAAAUAUGCGAACCACAACGAGAAAGCGUCUCCAUGAAAAUGAGGAAGAAUAUGGCUCUGCUAAGCGUGCUGUUCCUUCUACAUCAUUCCAGAAAAUGAGGUGAAAAGGAGGAGAAGACUUUGUUAAUGACAGCUUUUUUAUGGGAAGCAGAAUUUUUUAUUAAGAAAAAUCUUAAUAUUGGAAUAAACUGUUGAUGAUGCAAUUUCCGAAUAAAAAUAACUUUGUAAGACUGAA